UUCCUGUGCUGGUGUGCUGCCUGUGGCCACACUCCCUCUCUCACGCCCUAGCUAGGAAAGGGAUCACACAUGACACCUCUCUAAAUCCCCCUCUAGGGCCCUAGCUCGAGAGAGACUGAUAGCAGCUCUUGCACCUCCAUCCUACGUCUGUUUAUAAAAAAGGACAGGCCCAUGAUCACCCGGGACCCUUGUAAAUUGCCCCUCCAACUGCACAUGAUCUCCUCUCCAUCUCCUUGCAGCUUAUUAUACGCAGCAUCUAUCAUCCCUGAUCUCUUUCCCAUCUUCCCGGCCGCAGAGCUUGCUUGCUAGUCUUUUCUAGCUAUAGAUCUGUCUCUCUAGCCCUCUUCUCUCUCCUCUAGCUCGUACAUGUCUACCAUCUACAUGAGCCAACUGUCUACUCUCCCUCUAAUGGAGAUGGAGGGAGAGCAGGAUCAGGAUCAGGGACUCUUUCGGCCGGCGCCCUUCCAUGUCGCAAAGGACCCUCCCAUCUUGUUCCCGUUCAUGAUCACCAAUCCUGUGGAUCAGCUCCAAGGGCAAAGCAGCAGCUAUGGAGAUCAGCACUUGAGGCAGCAUGUUUUGUCUGAAUCUACUCAUCAACAGUUCACCGAUCGGAUGAUGAUGAGCGGAUCAGAAGUCUUCCCUACUAUGCCAUCGCCGUUCCGGCAGACUAUCCAAAGCAUCGAUGGUGACAUGAUCCAGCGAUCUGCGUAUGAUCCAUAUGAUACAGAGAAUAAUAAGCACACCGAAGGAUUGCGCAGCGGCGGCGGCGGCGGCGGCUGGACAGUGUCGUCGUCACCGCCAGCGAAGAUGAAGAUCAUGCGGAGGAAGGCAACGAGCGAGUAUCCCGAGGGCGGUGGUGGGGGAGCAAGAAAGCCAAGGAGAAGACCACAAGCGCACCACCAAGAUGCUGAGAGCCAGCUACUCCAGCAGCAGCAGCAGGCUAUGGGUGGUGUCGUUAGAGUGUGCUCCGACUGCAACACCACAAAGACCCCCUUGUGGAGGAGUGGUCCUUGUGGCCCCAAGUCUCUUUGCAACGCAUGUGGCAUAAGGCAAAGGAAGGCGAGGCGGGCGAUGGCGGCAGCCGCGGCAGCUGCUGCUGCCAGCAGCAACGGAGGCGCUCCACAAGCGGCCACCGAGCAGCAGCCGAAGCCGGCCAAGAAGGAGAAGAGGUCGGACAUCGUCGACCGGUCGUCGCUGCCGUUCAAGAAGCGGUGCAAGCAGACGAUGGUAGUUGUCGAUCACGCUGCUGGUGUUGCAGCCACUGAAGCGACGCCGCCGCCGCCGCCGCCAGAAACCGCUGCUCUGACCAAGGAUCAGGCGGAUGUGGAUCACGUCUCCAGUGACAAGAAGCAGGUUAAUGGCCAUGGCGCGACGAGUCUGGAGAGCAGCAAGAUCGUCGCCACUCCUCCUCCCCAGGCGAUGUCGUCGUUUCAUGCCUUCCCGGCUGACGAGAUCACUGACGCCGCCAUGCUGCUCAUGACCCUGUCCUGUGGGCACGCUCGUCUGCAGCUAGCCAUGGCUUCUAGCUAGCUAGCUAGCUAGCUGCUGAGAAAUCGACCACUCGAAGCCACCGAGAUGCAUGCAUGAGUGCAACCUGAUUAUUAUGCCCUAAGUACCCUGUAGCUACGUUCCUCUGUCAGCAUAUCUUCAUUCAUAUCGCUUGUGUUUUCUUGUUAAUUUUGAUUUUGUGUGUUGAGGAAGAGGAAGGAGAUGAUCACCAGGAGAGGUAGAGUGAUCGAUCACAUGUCGAGGAAGAAUAAUAUAGGCGAAAACUCUCAGCCAGUAAGUAUUAGUGUGUACCGGCUAGGAUUUAAUUUGCUAUAAGAGUGAGCCUUUUUAAUUUCACCCUUUUUCCAGCUGUUGCGGCUAAUUAUAUAUUCAAGCCACUAUAUAUGCUAUGUAACUUCAUUGGUUCCUUAAUUUGUAUUAGUUGUUAUAUAUGUUAUGGUACUGGAUCAUGGGAGCUAAUAAAAAUAUUGAGGAUAUUGAUUCGAGGAUACUGAAACCUUCUAUGUAAUACUAGCUGUUGAUUGGUUGUCGUGUC